AUUUGGAGGUUGGACUCAUUGCCGGGAAGUAGACCUGUCAUUCCGAUUUCUUGCCGUGUCCUUGUUAGCUAGCUAGCCAUAACCAAUGUGUACCAUCUGGAAAGAUGAUCUAAAUAGUGCCUAAGCGCGACUUUAUAAUACAUUUGCACUCACCCCUUGUUGGUAACUUAAUAGCAAUAGCCAGCUAUGUUACGAGUUGGAAGAGCAGUGGCCUGCAUGGCCUGCAAGAACCUGGUCUCCAACAACAUGGGGGUGAGGUUCAGGAUGCCCUUGCAGAAGCUGCACCCGCUGUCCCGUGCCAUCCACCACCGGUACAACGCCAGUGCCAACCCCCAGCGCCCCCCGCACUGUUCGGCAGCCCGCCACUUCACCUCCAUGUCCCGGCUGCCCAUGCGGCCUCCCAAGCCUCCCCCAGGCGGCCAUGGCGGCUGGCGCUACCAGCAGCACCGCAACUUCUGGAUGCUGCGCCUAGCCUCUAGGCUGCUCAAGCUCCGGUACAUCGUGCUGGGCUCGGCAGUGGGAGGCGGGUACACCGCCAAAAAGACCUAUGAGGAGUGGAAGGAUAUGCUGCCUGAUAUGAGUGCAUACAAUUGGGUAAUACCUGAUUUUGUCUGGGAGCUGAGUGAUCAUAUUGACCUAGAUAAACUAACCAAAAUUCUGCCUGAGUUAGAGGAGAUUGCCAAGCUCCUUCCCGAGUUACCUGACUUUGAUAAGAUAGGAGAGAACUUCACCUUCCUCAAGAGCAUCCUCUCCACCGGUGUGAGUGUGGGUAGUGAAGGAGCUUCUGGUCUGCGUCUGUUGUUAGCAGAAGCCCCUGGGGACACUCCAGUGAAAGCAGCCACAGAGGCCCCGGUCACCGCCAAACCGGAGGCCAGCGACAAACAGUUCAAGAAGGGUCUGCUCGGCGAGCUCAUUCUCAUUCAACAGCAGAUCCAGCAGGCCGAGGAGGAGGUCCGGCGGGCCGCCGCAUCCAAAAACGCACGGCCAAGCCCAGAUCCCGCCCCCAGCCCACCCCCACGCCCGCCGCCGCCCCCGCGCCUGAUACCCGAGCCAAUGCCAACCACCACCCCGAACCCCAGUCCCAGCCCCCCUCAGCAGAAACGCAAGUCUUCAGACAAGGAGAAGGUGGACCAGCUUCAAGAGGAACUGCUCCGAACUCAGAUGAAGUACCAGCGCAUGCUGGAGAGACUGGAGAAGGAGAACAAGGACCUGAGGAAAGUGAUGCUGCAGAAAGAUGAGAAGGGCAUCCACCAGAGGAAGAUCAAGGUGUGUAAGUCUCUGAUUGACAUGUACUCUGAGGUCCUGGACAUCCUCUCAGACUUUGACUCCAACUACAACACCCAGGACCACCUACCCAGGGUGGUGGUGGUGGGAGACCAGAGUGCAGGGAAGACCAGUGUGUUGGAGAUGAUCGCCCAGGCUAGGAUCUUCCCCCGGGGCUCUGGAGAAAUGAUGACUCGCUCUCCUGUCAAGGUGACGCUAAGCGAGGGUCCGCAUCACGUAGCCAUGUUCAAGGACAGCAGUCGAGAGUUCGACCUGGGCAAAGAGGAGGACCUGGCUGCCCUGAGACAUGAGAUCGAGCUGAGGAUGAGGAAGAGUGUCAAGGAGGGACAGACAGUCAGCCCUGAGACGAUCUCUCUGAGUGUCAAAGGACCAGGCAUCCAGAGGAUGGUACUAGUGGACUUACCAGGAGUCAUCAGUACUGUGACAGCGGGCAUGGCAGCCGACACCAAGGAGACCAUCUUCAGCAUCAGCAAGAACUACAUGCAGAACCCCAAUGCCAUCAUCCUCUGCAUCCAGGAUGGGUCAGUGGAUGCGGAGCGCAGCAUCGUCACAGACCUGGUCAGUCAAAUGGACCCGCAUGGGAAGAGGACCAUAUUUGUCCUGACCAAAGUAGACCUGGCAGAGAAGAACCUGGCCAGCCCUAACCGGAUUCAACAGAUUGUUGAAGGGAAACUGUUCCCUAUGAAGGCCUUGGGCUAUUUUGCUGUGGUGAUGGGGAAAGGCAGUGCCGGUGAAAGCAUCGACUCCAUCAAAGACUACGAAGAGGACUUCUUCCAGAACUCUAGACUUCUUAGAGAUGGCAUGCUGAAAGCCCACCAGGUGACCACUAAGAACCUCAGUCUGGCCGUGUCCGACUGCUUCUGGAAGAUGGUCAGGGAGUCAGUGGAGCAGCAGGCCGACGCCUUCAAAGCGUCCCGCUUCAACCUGGAGACAGAGUGGAAGAACAACUACCCCCGUCUGCGAGAGCUGGACAGGAAUGAACUCUUCGAAAAAGCCAAGAACGAAAUAUUGGAUGAAGUUAUUAGCUUGAGUCAAGUGACACCGAAACACUGGGAGGCCAUCCUACAGAAGAAGCUGUGGGAGCGCGUGUCCACACACGUCAUCGAGAACAUCUACCUGCCGGCAGCCCAGACCAUGAACUCUGGUACCUUCAACACCACCGUGGACAUCAAGCUCAAACAGUGGACGGACAAGCAGCUGCCUCACAAGGCAUUAGAGGUUGCCUGGGAGACGCUGCAGGAGGAGUUCGCCCGCUUUAUGGCCGAGUAUAAAGGGAAGGACCAGGACGACAUCUUUGACAAGCUCAAGGAGGCGGUGAAGGACGAGAGCAUCAAGAGGCACAAGUGGAACGAGAGGGCCAUGGACAGCCUGAGGGUGAUCCAGCACAAUGCUCUGGAGGACCGCUCCAUCACAGACAAGCCCCAGUGGGACGCAGCCAUCCAGUUCAUGGAGGAGACCCUGCAGGCGCGCCUCAAAGACACGGACUCUGUGAUAAAUGACAUGGUGGGUCCUGACUGGAAGCAGCGCUGGAUGAGCUGGAAGACCCGCUCGCCCGAGCAGCACACCCGCAACGAAACCAGAAACGAGCUGGAGCGCCUGCUGAAGCUCCACGAGGACCACACGGCCUACCUGGCCAACGACGAGGUCACCACUGUCCGCAAGAACCUGGAGGGCCGAGGGGUGGAGGUGGACCCUGCCCUGAUCAAGGACACAUGGCACCAACUGUACAGACGUCACUUCCUGCAGAAGGCCCUGCAGCACUGUAACCUGUGUAGACGAGGCUUCUACUACUACCAGAGACACUUUGUCGACUCGGAGCUGGAGUGCAAUGACGUAGUGCUGUUCUGGAGGAUCCAGAGGAUGCUGCUGAUCACAGCCAACACACUCAGACAGCAGCUAACCAACACAGAGGUGCGGCGCCUGGAGAAGAACGUGAAGGAGGUGCUGGAGGACUUUGGGGAGGACAACGAGAGGAAGGUUCACCUCAUCACCGGACGCAGAGUACAGCUGGCAGAGGACCUCAAGAAAGUCCGUGAGAUUCAGGAGAAACUUGAAGCCUUCAUAGAAGCUCUUCACAAGGAGAAGUAGAGCAUCAGAAACCAUUGGAAGCAAACCUGCGGAUCACAGAAGCGAUGCACUGAUCAAAGAAAACAAAUCCCCCCCCCCCCCCCUCUCUGUAAAUGACUACUCCCCCACCCCCACAUCUGAUUUUAAUGUCUAUGGCUUAGCUUACCGCUCCCCUUACACACCUCACCGAAAAGAAAGGAGGGAAAUGAAAGGAAAGUAGGAGCCGCAGCACAGGGAAAAGAAGUGGAGUGUGUCGGACAGAGCCCUUUAAACUGAGCUGUGUCCGUUUUCCAGCGUGGCAGAGCAUAGAGCACUUUCUCCGAUCUGGGUGGGCUCCCUAUCACAGCUUCAUGCCUUCUCCACAGGGCUUUAAAGGCCCCGGGUGUGUUCACCAGACGUGUCCUCUUCACACAGCAAUCCAACAACCGUCUCCUGCUCUCUUUUCUUUUGCUCGUCUUUUCACUUUUUCGACGCGGAAGACGUAAGCGAUGGGGAGGAAAAAAGACAAGCUUGAAGUUACACACCCACCUGACUGACCGAGCGACAUCUCAUGGCUCGCUCGCUCUCUCUCUCUCUCUCCCUCCCCCCUUGCUCCCCUGUUUCUUAUAAAUGAGGAUGUUGUACAGGUUUUCUUUCUCUUCACACUUCCUUUCCUUUGGUUAGGAAUGUGUUUAAUUGGCUUCAGCACCCGUCAGAGGGUUGCUUCCCAAAUGGCUCCCUAUGUAGUGCACGAUUUUUGAAUGCACUAUGCUCCUGCCUAAUGCUAGCCCUAACCAUACCUGUAGCCCUAGCCCCAAUUAGGACGUCUUAUUGCUAAUGCACUUUAGUUAGCCCAGUGGCUAGCUCUAGUCCAACUCUACACUGGCAGCGUAUCGACGUCUCACUUAACCCCAUAGUUCACACCGGUACAACAGUCAACCUCCAUCCUCCCAAAACUCACAUAUAUUAAAAGUGGUGCAUCUAUUCCACACAAUAUAAUAUAGGUUUUUAUUUUGUCGAAGCAGACUUGAUUUGAGAGUUGUGCCUGCUAUUGAUAGGAAGUGUGGACGAGCCCACUAAGUACCUCUCUCUGUGACCUUCUGUGUGUGUGUGUGUGUGUGUGUGUGUGCACAUCAUCAUCACGAGUUUGUGAUAUCAUUUCACUACGGGACUAAGCAACCUCUAUACGAUGUUCGUUCUGGAAAAGAUCCAGCUUUGGUUUCUAUUGCACUAGUAUCCAGUUCAACCUGCAGUGGAUGGAACCACAUUGGUGGGGGAAAGACGCUGGUGACCCUCGCUCGAUUCAAACGUGAUGAUAAAGCAUGGAUUGGGUUCCUGGUACUGGACUCAACCACACUAUCCUCCCCUCCUUUGACUCGUACUUUCACGGUUUCUGCCUCUGCUUCUCCGUGAUCUUCUGCCUCUUUAUUCUCGCUCUUCUCUCUUCCUCUCCUAUCAAGCCCUCUCUUCUCCUCUGUCCACCUCAUCCUCUCUCUCUUUCCCCUCUCUCUCUCUCUCUCUCUCUUUCCCCUCUCUCCUUCACUCUUUGCUCCCGGGCUCUAAAGCGCAUCUCAUGAUAAGAUGCACUAAAGGGGUUAGUCACAUUCUUGACCCAGCUCAUUCAUAUGUGGUAUGUGGGUAUGUAUACCGUACAUUGUGUACAUGUAAAGUUAAUACCAAUCAUGCAUCUGUUAUUGCUUAUGGGAGGAAUGUCAGAGUUCAAUGUGCUUGUAACAGUAUAUCCAUCGGUUGGUUCAGCACGUACAGUUCUCUUAUGUUGUAGAUUGAGGUGUUUGCAUGGUAUACCCUUUCAGAUGUGCUUUAUUUAUUACAGAUUUGAUUGUGUUUAAGAAAAUAAGUGAAAAUCCAAUUGACGUUAAUAAAAAUAGCAUUUUCCAUGAA